UGCCCUGUGUUUGUGUUCAGGCUGUCAAAGCUGAAAGAAGAGAAAGAAGAGUCUGGAUCAUUCAGCAAAGUAAACCGAUUUAACCACAUACCUGCAAAUCUGUCGCUGAAAGAAAGUGACUGUUACAUACGGACAGUUUCACCUGUAAGCCUGUGCGCUCGAUUUUAGCUACGUUUCUUUAGUUAGCUUUAAAACAGGCUGCUGAUCUGAUCUCCCCUCCAUGGCUGCUGUUGAUAGCUUCCACCUCCUAUACAGAGAAAUCGCCAGAUCCUGCAACUGUUAUGUAGAAACUCUAGCAUUAGUGGGAGCUUUUUACACAGCGAGUAAAGCUGUUGUUCUCAUGCGGGACUGUUACAGCCUGAUAAGGCUCCACUUCAUCCCCCGGCUCGUGUACCCCAGAGAUCUGGUCCACCAGUAUGGAAAAUGGGCUGUUAUUAAUGGUGCAUCAGUGGCCAUAGCUAAAGCAUAUGCUGAGGAGCUGGCCAGACAUGGUGUGAGCAUCAUCCUAAUCAGCCCUAAUGUCAGGAGUAUAAGUGAUACUGCCAGGUCUGUUUCAGAGGCCCAUGGAGUGGAGACUAUUUUAAUCGAGGCAGAUUUUAGUCGGGGUCCCACGGCCUGUAAACCCAUCAAAGAUGCCAUUGGAGACAAGGACAUAGGCUUUGUCAUAAACUGUCUGGAUUCCUCCCUGGAAGUCUGUCCAGACUUUGCCGACUUGUCCGAGAGCAAAAUGUGGAACAUCAUAAACAACAGUAUCGCUGCAGCCACUCUGGUGACCCGUCUGGCUCUGCCCAGCAUGGCGGAGAGACAAAGAGGGGCUGUGGUUAAUAUUUCUUGUGGAGGAUGUUCCAGACCCACUCCAAGGAAGGCCACCCUCUCCGCAUGCACGGCUUUCCUUGACCACUUCAGCCGUGCCCUGCACUACGAGUAUGGUCCUCAGGGGGUCUUCGUGCAGAGUUUGGUUCCCUACAGAGUUGCUUCUCAAGAAGAAGAGGACAGUGCUGGUGCUGGCUGGUUGGUUCCUCAGCCACAGGUGUAUGCAAGGCACGCUCUGUCCACUCUCGGCAUCUCCCAUAGAACUACGGGAUACUGGCCCCAUACAAUACAGUUUCGACUCGUGCAGUGCAUGCCGGAGUGGAUGUGGUUGCUGGGGUCUCGAGUGUUGUGCAGGGCGGCCUAAACGAAUGGAGAAACAUUUACAGACUGGAUUCAGUGAUAUGCAAGAUGGUUGUAAGCCUUGACAAAUGCCCACUGAUGUGAGGUGAACUAUAUUUAAAACAAAUGUUAUGACGCAGUGCUUUAUAGAGUGCAAAUACAGUCAUAUGCAAAAGUUUGAACACCCUGGUCAAAUUACGUUUCAUUAAUUCUCUAAAUGAGAACAAAUUAACACAUGCAUACCCAAAUAAGGCCCUUUUCAUAAUAAGGCUCAUUGUAGUGCACAAUUUGUAUGUACAAAAUACAUAUACUGGAAGAAUGUAAAAUGUCAUUUGACCAGGAUGCCCAGACUUUUGCUUACUACUCUAUAGUAAGUGAUCACCUCAUCUUGUCCUUGUAAAAUACAGAGGCUGCACUCCUUCAGUUUCUUCAGAAUUCUCUCAGUGCAAAUACAUGAUCACAUACAGUUAACUCAUCAAUUAUUGUUGGACCAUUAUAGUGUUUUAUGGCACUUUUUUGACUUGUUGAACAGAGAAAUACAGUUGUGUUGUAAACAACUGACUAAUACAUCAGUACUUGUGGUGUAGUGAAUGUACUGUUUAUACUGUGGUGCUUUUUUCCUGCUCUGGUGAUGUGUAUAUAGUGGUUGGUUAUUCCAACAUUAUUUUGCCAUUCUAAACAAUAAAUACUCCUUGUAUUACAUA